AUGGAUUCUUUCGUAAUAGCAACAACAGAGAGCGAGUUCCCACCAACACGAGUACACAGUUGCGGUCAAAAAUGGGGUUUGACAGUAGCAGUAGCAGCAGAUCACAAAGAUAAGCUAAACGUGGACUAUGAAUGGGAAGCAUUUAUAGCAGGAAAAAUACUGACUGGACCCUCCCGUCUCGACUGGCGUCCAACUCCACGCAUGAUAAACAGAUGA